AAAAUGGUUGAAGGAAAUCAGUCUGUGGUUUCAGAAUUUAUGCUUCUGGGACUUUGCAACUCGUGGAAUAUUCAGGUCUUACUCUUAAUGAUAUUUUGUAUGCUUUACCUGAUCAUUGUAUCUGGAAAUACUGUCAUCAUGAUCAUAGUCAUCACUGAUUCCCAUCUCCAUUCCCCCAUGUACUUCUUUUUGGCCAACUUGUCCUUUGUUGAUAUGUGGCUUUCUUCAGUCACCACUCCUAAGAUGAUAGCUGACUUUCUCAGGGAGAACAAGACCAUUUCCUUUGCAGGCUGCAUGUUCCAGAUACUCUUUUCCCAUUUCAUUGCAGGACUUGAGAUGGUGCUACUGGUGAUAAUGGCUUAUGACCGCUAUGUGGCAAUCUGCAAACCACUCCAUUACUCCACCAUUAUGAGUCUGCAAAAGUGCAUUGGGUUGGUGGUGACAUCCUGGAUCAUUGGCUUUGUGCAUGCCGUAAGUCAAAUAGUGAUCAUACAGCUGCCUUUCUGUGGCCCCAGGGAAAUAGACAGCUUCUUCUGUGAUCGAGCUCUGGUAAUCAAGCUUGCCUGCAUGGACUCCCAUAAUUUGGAUGUUUUAAUGAAUGCUGACUGUGGACUUGUAGCUGUAACCUGUUUUAUUCUAUUACUGAUAUCCUACACAUAUAUUCUUCUCACUGUCUGUCAAAGCUCUAAAACUGGGGCUUCCAAGGCUCUCUCUACAUGUACUGCCCACAUCACAGUGGUGGUGCUCUUCUUUGGGCCUUGCCUCUUCAUUUAUGUGUGGCCACUCAACAUCACCAAGAUGGACAAAUUUCUUGCUAUGUUUUACUUUGUUUUCACACCUGUCCUAAAUCCAGUCAUUUAUACCCUGAGAAAUAAAGAGGUAAGAAAUGCUAUGAAGAGAUUCAGAAGCUACAAAAUGAAUUCCAAGGGAAGUUCUUAA